GAAACCCCUUGAAGCGGCAGCCCAGUCGCCCGGCGGUGGUGGUGCUACUCCCCUCCCCUCCCCUUUUUAAAGAGCUCCACUCCAAAACCAAAGGCCAAAACCCUGCCUGCUCUCCUUCUCACCACCAAAACCCCAAGAAACCUUCAGACCUCCCUCUCUCUCUUUCCCUCCGCACCGGCCUGUUCUAAAGCAGCAAGAUCAGAGGGGGAAGGGGGGGAGGAAGGGGAGGCAGAGGGAGAAGCAGAGCAAAAGGGGCGGCGGCAGGGGCGGUGGUCUUGUGUGGAGGGGCGUAAGCUUUUUGCAGUUGGUGAUUGGAAUGCAGCAGCAACACCUGAUGCAGAUGAACCAGAGCAUGAUGGGGGGCUACGCUUCCUCUACCACUGUCACCACUGAUCUCAUUCAGCAGUACCUGGAUGAGAACAAGCAGCUGAUCCUGGCCAUCCUCGACAACCAGAACAACGGCAAGGUGGAGGAGUGUGCACGGAACCAAGCUAAGCUCCAGCAGAACCUCAUGUACCUCGCCGCCAUCGCCGACAGCCAGCCGCCGCAGACGGCGUCGCUGUCUCAGUACCCGUCCAACCUGAUGAUGCAGUCCGGGCCGCGGUACAUGCCGCAGCAGUCGGCGCAGAUGAUGUCGCCGCAGUCGCUGAUGGCGGCGCGGUCGUCGAUGAUGUACGCGCAGCAGGCCAUGUCGCCGCUCCAGCAGCAGCAGCAGCAGCAGCAGCACCAGGCGGCCUCGCACGGCCAGCUGGGGAUGUCCUCCGGCGCGACCACCGGGUUCAACCUCCUCCACGGUGAGGCCAGCAUGGGCGGCGGCGGCGGCGCCACUGGCAACAGCAUGAUGAACGCCGGCGUCUUCUCGGACUACGGCCGCGGCGGCAGCGGCGCCAAGGAGGGGUCGACCUCGCUGUCGGCCGACGCUCGCGGCGCCAACUCUGGCGCGCACAGCGGCGACGGGGAGUACCUCAAGGGCACCGAGGAGGAGGGAAGCUAGGCCAGCGGCAUCGUCGCUAGCACCGGCAUAGCAGCUGCAGCAGGAGGAGUAGCAGGUAGUGUUCGAGGAUGGUAGUAGCGGAUUAGCAGUAGCUAAGGUUGUUGCGUUGGCUAAGGUUUAGGUGGGUGAGUUUCCAUGGAACCUGGAGGUGGUAGUGGCGUCUGCAUGCAGGCUCGCUUGUUUUGGAUGUGCAUGGCAGGUUCUCGAUCAAUCCUAAUCAAGAUGUAGUGGCGAUGGUUUGUGAACACUCCCUAUGUAGUGCUGAAUGAUCAUGGUGUUUUCUUCUUCA